AGUUAUAAAUUGUUUUUAAUUUGGAGGUAAGAUUGUUCUCAUUAUUUUUCAAUCAAUAGAGAAUAAAUAAUAAAUUACUAUACUUACUUUUAAUAUAAUAAAACCAGUGUAAAAUUGUCACGCAGCCUAAUUAUACUACCAUGUUGAGUAAAAAUUAAUAAAUUAUCAAUAAUUACAGUCAGUUUUGGUAAAAGUUGUACGAUGCGGACAAGGUUUUCGUUGCAAUUACUCGCCCUAAUUGUUACUUUAGUGCAAUGCAAAUCUAAUUGCGGAUAUCAGUCGUGUCAUCCAAUUAAAGACGGCUACAUUAAUGUCCAUUUGAUUCCUCAUAGCCACGAUGACGUUGGUUGGGUCAAAACCGUUGAUCAAUUUUACUAUGGAACCAACAAUUUCGAUUAUCGUGCCUCAGUACAAACCAUUUACGAUAACGUACUGAAAGCAGUCCAAAAAAACAAACAAAGACGAUUCAUUUACGUUGAAAGUGCCUUUUUCUGGAAAUGGUGGCAAGAGCAAAAUGAAUCGGAAAGAAACCAGUUACAGCAAUUGGUUAAUAGUGGCCAAAUCGAAUUUGCAGGCGGUGGUUGGUCAAUGAACGAUGAAGCAGUAGUUAACUACCAAUCAGUUAUAGAUCAAAUGAGCUGGGGCCUAAAAAAGCUCAACGAUUCUUUUGGAGAUUGUGGUCGGCCUAAAGCUGGAUGGCAAAUCGAUCCUUUCGGACACAGUAACGAAAUGGCAUCGAUUUUUGCUGGACUCGGUUACGAUGGAGUUAUUUUGGGAAGGAUUGAUUAUGAAGAUAAAAGUAUUAGAUUGGAAAAUAGGUCUAUGGAAAUGGUAUGGAGAGGUAGUAGAAGUUUGGGAAGGCAAACUGAUAUUUUUACAACCACUUUGUACAACCAUUAUGACGCUCCAGCUGGAUUUUGUUUCGAUAUUUUGUGCGAAGAUUCCAAUCUUGUAGAUGAUCCUUAUAGUCCUGAAUACAACAUUGACGUCAAAGCUGAAGAAUUCAUCAGUGAACAUAUAAAAGACUCAAUCAAAAGCUUUCAAACCAAUAACGUUAUUGUACCAAUGGGCAGAGAUUUUGCUUAUCAAGAAGCUGAAACUUGGUUCAGAAAUAUUGAUAAACUAAUCAAAUACAUCAACAACCAUGAAACGUUUGAAGGCAAAAAAUACAAUCUCCUUUAUUCAACCCCCUCUUGUUAUAUAGCAGCAGUCCAAAAACAAUCCAAAGGCAUUUUAACUUCACCAUUGAAACUGGAUGACUUUUUUCCUUAUGCCACUGAUCCUCACGCAUAUUGGACUGGAUAUUAUACAUCCAGGCCCACGUUGAAGCGAUACGAAAGACUCGGGAAUAAUUUUUUGCAAGUUUGCAAGCAGCUUUUUGCAUUGGCACAUCUUCCUAGUGAAUUCGAGCCUCGUUUGGAUAGUCUUAGAGAGGCCAUGGGAGUCAUGCAGCAUCACGAUGCCAUCACUGGCACCGAAAAGGAAACUGUUGCUUACGAUUAUGCUCGUUUAUUGCACAUUGGGAUUAAUGAUUGCGAAAAUGUUACUAGUGAAGCAUUAUCAUAUUUCACCAACAUUGAAGCCAAUGAUUUCAAUACGUGUUUGUUGACUAAUAUCAGUCAAUGUGCCUUAACAGAAACUCAUGAUAAAUUUGUUGUGACUGUUUAUAAUCCUUUGAGCAGAUUAGUGAGCAAAUAUGUAAGGCUUCCAGUUAAUGGGAAUUCUUUUAGUAUUACAGGGCCUGAUGGCAAUAAUGUCCAUAGCCAGAUUUUACCAACCCCUAUAGGAAUCAUGAAUAUUCCAUCAGGAAGGCAAACAAGUGCCAGCUUGGAACUGAUUUUUGAAGCCCAAGACAUUCCACCCUUGGGUUUCAAGUCUUUUUAUGUCCAAAAGAAAAACGGGGACGAUGUAACUCGGGAGGAUUUGUCUCUGGAUUUCAGUUAUUUCAAUGGAAAAGGCGUUGGAUUUACAAUAGACCCAUCAACAGGCCUAGUUGACAGCCUGGAAAUGAACAACGUACUCCUGGAAUUAGAACAAAAAUUCUGGUUCUAUAACGGCUCGGAUUCCUUUAUGGAUUUUUCGUCUAAACCUUCAGGGGCUUACGUUUUCAGGCCCGACACGCUCAGUCCGAUCAAAAAAGUUUCGGACACUGCAGCCUUUGAAGUUUACAGAGGCGAUUUGGUAACGGAAGUCCGUCAGACUUUUAGCGAGUACGUCAGUCAAACUGUGAGGAUUUACGCAAACGAAAAGUUUGUCGAGUUCGAUUGGGUUAUUGGUCCUAUAAAAACGGAAAUGAAUUGGCCUAGUAAUGGUAAAGAAGUCAUCUCGCGAUUUACAACUUCAUUAAAUAGUGAAUCAACAUUUUACACUGAUUCAAAUGGACGUGAAUUGAUGAAGAGGCAAAGAAAUCAAAGACCUUCCUGGAAUGUUACAGUUUUAGAAAACGAGUCUUCAAAUUAUUAUCCAGUAACUUCGAAGAUUUUAAUACGAGAUGAAGAAGCUAAUUUAGAGUUUGCUGUAUUGACCGAUAGAGCUGAAGGAGGCUCUAGUUUAGCUGAUGGGGAAAUAGAGCUAAUGUUGUUGAGGAGUUGUGUUACUGAUGAUCAAUUCGGGGUGAAUGAGGCUCUGAUGGAAGUGGCUUAUGAUUUACCGAUUGUAGCACGAGGGUCGCAUUAUGUGACUUUGGGUAAUAUUGAAUCAGAACCAACUAUUGCUUCAAUUGAAAACGAAAUUGCCACCCAAAAAUUACUGGAUUCCUGGAUUUUCCUUUCAGUACCAACUGAAACCACUUUUGCUGAUUACGAAAAAGCUCAUCCAAUGCAGUUUUCUGGAUUAAAAAAAUCUUUGCCCCAAAAUGUCCAUAUAAUGACACUGGAACCAUGGACCAAAUCCAGUUACUUACUAAGACUCGAGCAUGUUUUCGAAAUUGAACAAGAUUCAACAUUGUCGGAGCCUGUAACUGUAGACUUAAAGCAGGAUCUUUUUACGUCUUUCGAACUUAAAUCCAUAAGGGAAACCACGCUUGGGGCGAAUCAAUGGUUGAAGGACAACAAAAGAUUGAACUUUAAAUCCGCAUUUCAAUCCGACGAAGAGGAUUUGAGUAAAACUAAACGCUCAAACGCUUUGAAUAAUGAGUUUAGUGUCGAGUUAAAGCCGAUGGAAAUUCGUACUUUUAUUGUUGAAGUUGUAUCGAAAUUGUAAAGUUUAAAAUAAAUUGUUGUUUUGAUUGAUUUUUGAUAGUUUCUGUCAAAAAAAUUUGAAUAAUGGAAAUUUCUGAGAAUUUGAGCUACAAAAAAG